UUCGAGCCGAGCCACUCCGACAAACACCACGUGCCACGCGGCCGAGUUGCACGUGCGUUCGCGGAGCUGUCGAGCUUUUGCGCGUCGUCGCCGCGAGUCAAGCCCUCCAAUAGACGCGUCUUUUCAGCCCACGAUUCAGCCGCGUUCACCGCUAUCGCCGGUUGACUUUUUUCCAUUCUCGUUCACUCUCUCGGCCAAACACAGCCCGUCCCCUUUUGCUUUUGCGUCCUUGCUCUUCGUUCGAAGACAAUAGUUUUGUUAUCGCACAGUUUCGUUCUGCAUGCUGAAGAGAAACGACCGAUCUGGCGAUCGACCGAAGAUAGAGAGGAAGACACUGAGACUUCGUGGUCCUGAACCGCCUCAACACCGGCGAGUCGAGGCGCGAGACACGUAGUUGACGAGAGGCAGUUGAGAAUUUCCGAGAGACACACGGGAGAACGAGAUAGGACUGACGUUGCAGGAAAAAUUAGGCGACGAUGGAUGUGAGCAAAAGCGAACCGAGCAAGAACGGGGCUGUGCAACGAGAAUGCGGGGGCUGCGGAGAGGUGAUCACGGAAAGGUACCUUCUGAAGGUAUUGGACAUGUUCUGGCACGAAGACUGCUUGAAGUGUAACAGCUGCAACUGCCGGCUCGUGGAAGCUGGCCCGUCGCUUUUUAUAAAGUCUAAUCUCAUAUUAUGCAAGAAGGAUUAUCUAAAACUUUUUGGACACACUGGACACUGCGCGGCCUGUAACAAAACCAUUCCAGCUUUCGAGAUGGUGAUGAGGGCAAGAACGAACGUCUACCACUUGGAGUGUUUUGCGUGUCAACAGUGUAAUUACAGAUUUUGCAUAGGGGACAAGUUCUUCCUGUGCGAGAACAAAAUCCUGUGCGAGAGCGACUACGAGGAGAGACUGGUUUUUGCAAACAUGGCGGUACAUCCUCCGUCGACCGCGACGCUGGCGCACAUCAAGAGACAAGUGAUUCAUCUUCAACCACAGAACCGGUUCUGCCAGGGAGCUGCGUGUAAUUCAGGGGUUGCUAACCCUUGCGACUCUAUUUCUACACACCACAUUAUGUCGCCGAGCCCGCAGAGAUCAGUUAACGGGGAGACAACCCAUAACCACAAUGGCUACGCAGCGCCAGCGAGCUCCAGUGCCCAUAACAUUCUAACCUCCAUGAAUAAUUUAAACGGUAUCAAUGCACAAACGCCUUACGAUACCAAAUGACAAACGAAGUAAGCGCCGACGCGUCGUAUCGAUCGUAUCACAAAUGCGUUGCCAAAUUCGUUUAACGACACGGACGUCUUUUAUCAUUAUUACCGCUAUCGUAGUGACACUCGGAUCGUUUGCUCGUUACUGGGGGUCUCAAAAGUCUGCUUGCACAACGCUCGAGGUUCGUUGUUCGAACAACAACCACGAGCGGCCGUUUUAACGACCGUAUUCACGAACUUUCGUAAAAUCACGCGUAGAAACAAACGUUGAACACGCAAUUUCCAAUGGCGACUUCUGUUUCUCGAAAAUUUAUUAGGUGGUACUCUUUCGAAACGGGUGCCUGUUACGUCGUAUUAAUUUCAUCCAGAGGAAAAUUCGAAUUUUCCGCAGAAAAAAAUUAAAUCGUUACUAGAUGAGGAAUGUACACCGUCAAAAGGUUACAUUUUAUACUCGUGACGUAGUAGGUGAUCAGACUCUGAAGACUGUACGAGUCGACACGAGUGGAACCAUUGGUGCUGUUUAGAAGUUUAAUUGUUCGAAUUUCGCAGUCUAACUCUUGAAAGAUAACGUAAAAAUCGACGACGAGACGGAGCGAAGUGGCCAGCGUAGAGAGGAGCAGGGAAGAGAUAGACAGAGACAAAGAGAGAAAAAGGGGUUGGAGCUGGAUGAGGUUAGAGGCGCGCGAGGAAACAAUGCCGGGUAAACCGAAUGCUCAGGGGUGAUCAAAGUUUGGCCGUUCUUGUAGUCGACUUUGCUGUCCGCUGCGGGCAACGCCGGUAAAUCUAGCUUUACCGGACUACCGGACCAACGGACUACUACUACCGGAGGUAGAACUGGAGGAACGGCCAAACCGAAUGAAAUUGGUGAGCGAAGUCGGCCUGGCAGAUCGAAUCGGUAGCUCUGGCCUUCGCCAUCCAAACCAGCCAGAGCCAACCUCGCCACCUCACCCCACUCCCCCUCCCCGCCCUCUUGGGGCUCAUACGUUAGGGGUGACUUAAGCAUUGUUUCAACUUCGAAUUCUCCCCGGUAGAGGAGGCAGAUUGAUGUCGCGAACUUUUCCGUUGCCUUAUUUGCGAGUCAGAUAACGAGGCUGAGUUAUGCCGAAAGUUCUCUCUUUCUCUCGGAUUGGCCGGGAGCCGCUAUCAGAAACGAGCAGACCGGCCGAAGAAAAUGUUUUAUUUCCUCGAUGGCAUACGCUCCGGAGAUUUGUCGGUGGCACGCCUCCGGAAAAGAGUUUUUCGCGAUCGCUCGAAACGAUAAUAGGCUUACGCCUGUCGGAUACGAUAAUUUUCGCGGGGGAACGGAUACUCCUCCAAACGGAGAGAGCAGAUACGACUACGAUUCCUUGCAAGUUCGAUCGCUUCACUUGUCGACCCGAUUACAUGUAAUAUUUUAUCGCGUAUUAUUUCGGCGAAGAUAUUCGCGAACGAGCGAACAAGCCUACGAUCGUCCUCCAUCGAGGUUCUCCAUCGAAACGAUCUUUCUGUUCUCGUAUUUUCUAAGAAUAACGAAUACUUCCACGAUACUCUGCGAUUUUACGAGUGCGCGCGUAGUUCCUAACGCUUGAGCGUCUUUGGGACGAAAAGUGACGAAACGUAACGAUCAGUAAAAAGAGAGAGAAGAAAAAAAAAAAGAAAAACGAAAACCCAUAUUGUCUCGUACGACUACUAACCGAUUGUCUAACCAAAUUAACUCGCAUAGAUUAGUAGCGAUCUGUGGUAGGCGAUCUCUAGUCACACACUAUCGUUACCUACAUCAUCAAGUAUGUGCUCCAUCGACGUGCAUUGUAACCAAGCUGCUUGUCUAACAGGGAAAUCCAUUUCGUCUUAAAUCGCUAUCUACGAUGCAUGUAAAAUCUUUGAAACGAGAAUACGUAAGGAAGUGUGUACGUUUGCUAGUAUAGAUAUGUUUUGUAUCAUAGUUCUAUCAUAGAAAUAUUAAUUAAAAUAAAAUUACUGUUUCGAUGUU